AUGGAGCGCCGCGGCCGGGCGGGGCUGCAGCCGGCGGGCGGAGGAGAGGGAGGCGGAUGGGUGCUGGUGGAGGCCCGGCUGCAGGGAGGAGCGCCGUGGGGCUUCACCGUGCAGGGCGGCCUGGAGCACGGACAGCCGCUCAUCAUCUCCAAGGUGGAAGAAGGCGGUAAGGCGGACAGCAUGGAGCGCCCUCUGCUGGUCGGGGAUGAGAUCAUCAUCAUCAACGAUGUGGAGCUGAGCGGCUACAGACAGGAAGCCAUCGCUCUGAUCAAAGGAUCGUUCAAGACGCUGACGCUCACCGUCCGCAGGGAGUUCGAUCCCGGAUACAUCGAGGAGUUCGCGUCACCGAGCUCCAGGGCCGCUCUUCGUCUUCCCUCACCUCCUCCUGACCUCUGUUUCCAAACCCCUCCACCGUCACAGGAAGCCCCGUCGUCCAAUCACAGCCGGCGAUGCUCAGCGGUCCAACUACGCAUCAGAAACCGACGCAGUGAGCCGGCGUCUCGCCCUCAUUCCUGGCACUCGACGAAACUCGGCGACGAUCAACCGGACCUGGAGCAGCUGGAGACGAUGGGCCCCGUCUGGGGCCACAGUUACCCCACCAGUGCUUCCACCUCCGACCUGUCGGCCGGGUUUGACCCCAGCGGCGCCGGCGGCUACCUGAGGAAGAGUCCGGACCAGUACAGCUCCAGGGGCAGCAUGGAGAGCCUGGACCCGGCCCAGUCCUCCCAUCACCACCCAGUGACGCAGCAGCAGCUCCCACUGGGCCACCGCGGCCAGACUGGGCCCAACCCGGCCUACUCGUCCUGCCAGCAGCUUUCCUCUGCCAGGUCCAACAGCAUCGACCACCUGCACAGCAAGCGCGACUCGGCCUACUCCUCCUUCUCCACCAGCUCCAGUAUUCCUGAGUACCUGGCCUCCACGCCGUCCUUCGGCCCGGAGCGCUCCUGCUCCCUGGACGCCGUCCCGCAGCGCGGGGCCGGCAGCGCCGAGAUGCUGCAGGCCGGCAGCGCCGGGAUGCUGCAGGCCGACAUCCGAUACGUCCGCGCCGUCUACGACGCCCAGCAGGGCCUGACUCAGGAGCAGGAGCUGAACUCGUCCAGAACCGGGCCCAGGUCCGGGCCCAGAGACCUCCAGGGCUCAGUGGGCGGAGUCUGUUACCGAGGCGCCAACGGCAGCAACGCCAGAGGCGGCGCCGGCGUCCCGGCGUCAAACCGGCACAGCGUGGGGCCCAUAUGGGGCCAGGCGGCCAGUCGCAGCUCCUACGAGAGCCUGAAGGGGGCGCCCGCGCCGCCGAGGCGCAGCGACAGCUACGCCGCCAUCAGGAACCACGAGAGGCCAAACUCCUGGUCCAGUCUGGACCACGCCCGGUCGCUGCGGUCUCUGCAGAGCAGCUCCUGGCAUCACUCCAGCGGUCCAGUGGCCUCAGCCAAAGCUUCGUUUGGCGCUGAGUGUCAGCUCCACACCGUGGUGGAGAAGAGUCCGGAGAGCAGUCCCACCACCAAGCCCAGGCAGGGCGCCGGGUUCUCCCCACCCCCCACCGGGCCCGGCUCCCCGCCCAGCCGCCUCAUUCUCCCUGCCAGCGUUUACCCGGUUCCCCAGCCAGAACCUCAGUACGCGCAGACGCCCAGCUCCGGUCCCGGUCCGUCUGGACUCUACUCGGCCCUGACCAAGGACAGCGGCCGGCAGCAGCCGGUCCGGGACCAGCAGGCCACAGAAAACGGCCACCAAAGCAUUGGUUCUUCACCGUACUCCCGCUCCUCGUACUCCGGACCUGGAUCGUCUCAGCUCAGGUCCAGACUGCCCGAGGCGGACAGUUGGCACCAGCAUCCAGAGUCGAACGUGAAAACCUCAGAGGGUCCAACUGGAGCCCAGAGGCCUCACCAGAACCUCGGCCAGAACCUCGACGAUUCUCUUCUGAAAGCACAACAGCAAGAGCAGAACCAUGAAUUCAGGAUUACCCCGGUCCAUUCGGCCCCAGACCUCAGAACCAGGAGCGAGUCCAGAGACUACACCCGACCCAGAGACCCGCCCACCGUUCCAUCAGAACCGGCCGGAUCGACCCGGAUCGCCCAGGGUCAGGUACCGCCCGUCUCAGCGCCGCAUCCAUCCGCCCAGUGGAGCCAGAGAGACCCGGACAGCGACCACCCUCUGACCCGGCUGGAGAACGCCCUGGCCGAGGUCCAGCGCGUCGCCGUUCCCGACGGCCCGGACGGCGGCCAGAGUCCGGCCCGCGGCCAGAGCCCGGCCCGCUGCCUCUCCGUUCUGGAGAAAGUCAGUCACUUUGAGCGGCGGAGAGACGGAGGGAAGCAGCGCAGCUCCAGCACCACCUCCUACUGCAAAUCCUCCCACCUGGGGGUGAGCGAUAAAGGCCGCAGUUCCCCCUGUGGAGCCGAAGACCUCAGAAAUAUGCUGGAAAGGAGCACGAAAGGAACCAAAACCCAGCGGACCAUGAGCUACAGAGGAGGCGGCAAUGAGUUCAUGAAACACAGGCUUCCAGCCGAUCCCGUCUCAGCGCUGCAGAGAAGCCGCAGCAGCUUCCAGCUGGACGGAGACGUCAACAGGAACUGUCCUUACGGACCUGAACCCCAGGAGACAGCCGACCCCCUGCAGGACAGAUCUAACAGAGACUCUGUGACAGACGCCCAGCCUGCUGCCCUUCACUCCGCUUCAUUCAGACAGAGAGACCUCAGCUCUCCGCCUCCUGUCGCCUCCGGUCCUCAGCCGUUCCCCAACCCUGCUAAGUACAACUCACUGGAGAAAAAAGGCCCCAAAACGAAGCCCAAACCGCAGGGGGUCAUCAUGGCACCAGUCACCUCCCCUCACACCCCGAGGGAGAGGCAUGCGGUCAGCCCCGACAGCGGGGGCCAGAGCCCGCCGCCGCUCCCCAGCGUCCCUCCGGUCGGGCCGCCGGCUCCGGCCAGGAUCUGCGGCCGCAAACGACUGACGUCCGACCAGAAGAAACGUUCGUACUCCGAACCAGAGAACAUGAACGAAGUGGGAGUUUCUGAUCCAGAAACCGCUGCCCUCUUCCGGCGAGGAGGAGAAACGAGCGUAGCGGACCGUCGGAAGAUGUUUGAGCUCGCGGCGAGCCACGUCUCUCAGGGCUCCGCGUCGAGACCGGACCUGCGCCAACUCCGCCAAGACGCUCUGGUUGAGUACAUGGAGAGGAAGCGAGGGAUCAGGAGGGACGGGGCGGGGCACAGGACUGGAUCGAGACCUCACAGCACUUACUUCCACCCUGAGCAGGGAUACCACUCAGACACCUACAGUCUCUCGUCCACCUCCAGCAUGCUUUCCCUUCAGGACCCUGGUCCGGAUCGAGGUCCGGCUCUCGGAUCGGACCGUUGGAGCCUCCAGUCCAACCUUUUCUACCCGGGCAGAGUGACGACACCCAGACCUCCAGCUCAGCCCAUCCCUGGCUCCAGUCUUGAUCUCCAAAUCAGUCAAGAUCUGAACCCUGAAGCCCGAAUCAGCAGACACAGUCAGUCCGGUACCAGAGACUCGAACAGAAGUCAAGACCGGCAGAUCGCUGAGCCUCAGUACAAACCAGGACUCUCUACGAAGGUCAACGAGGCGCUGCAGCGGGUCGGGUCGGUCCACAGGACCGGGAGGUCGGCCUCUGCUGAGGAUCUGCUGGAACGUCUGGAAAACAAAUACUCGCCUCAACACAUUCGCUCUCGCUCGUCCCCGACCGCAGACCAGCUCAGCCAGAACUUACUUUCAGGGGACAUCAAGAGUUUCGACGUCUCCUUCUGUGAAUCUGGACGAUGUGCUCUGGCUGCAGACCGACCUGCAGACAUUCACAGAUCAACAGAGUCAAACCGGUUCAACGACAACCGACCGACACCGUGUCCACAAGGUGAGACAUCCAACCAAACUCCCGUCAGUCGGAGAGAGCGCCAGAGGAACGGCGAACGUCUCCGGGCCUACAGCAGCUCCACCCUGGCGGCCUCCGUCGGCCUCCCCUCGCCCUUCUCCUCUCCGGGGAACCGGCAGGACGGCGGCGCCGCCGAGUGGACGUCCAGCGAGACGCUGAGCCAGGUCAACCUGGACGCCAUCACCUUCCCGGGAAUCCCGCAGCCCGGCGACGGAACCGCAGAGGACGGACACCGAGGCAGAACCUCAAGCUUGGAGUUGACUGGAGACAUUUUGGCUGAAAAUACCAAACCAGUUCCACCAGUUCCAUCAGUCACAUCAGCAGCGCCACCAUGCAGGAAGACCAGUGGCAGCUCCACUUCCUCCCAUCAGUCCGUCCAUCCACACCUGUCCUCUCUGAGGAUCUCUGAAUCCAGCCUCUGCGGCUCCUUUGAGCAACAGCCGCCGCAGACGUCAACAGGAAACCUUCAGGAGUUUGACGACGUCUUCCUCAAACCUCCUCCUCCUCCUCCUGCUCCUCUCACUCCACCCAUUAAAGAGACGAACAUCAUGGAGGACUUCCCUCCUCCUCCUCCACCUCCGGCUGAGAUGGAGGCAGAUCUUCAGUCGUUACAAAGCUCUAAUCCAGAAACCUUGAGCAACUCGGCUCCCAUCUGGACGUCGUCUGCUCAGUCCGCUCCUCCACUAAAGCCGCAGCCGUCCAACGAGGACGUCUCCGUCUUCCAGUACCAGCCGCUUCCCAGGAGGGAGAAGUCACCCGAAGAGCUGAGGGUGGAGGCGCUGACUCAGCAGCUGGUGUUGCAGGAUCCCUCUCUGGCGCCCCUGCUGGACACCUGGGGAGGCGAAUGCACCAUGAAGCUGAUGGAGGAAAUCUUUUCAAACGGUGGAGCGCCGGGGAGUUCACCUCCGGGUCAAAGGAUGCAGGUCGGUGUCGGUGAUCAGAGUUCGGCCCAAACGAAGGAGACGGACGUCGAUGACGACGAGAGCGACGUCAACGCCAGGAAGGGGGAGCUGUGUGAGGCCCUGCGGCGCUGCGUGGCGGCGAUGCGGCGGGAGAAGGCAGCUCUGGCGGAGGAGCAGCGGCGCCACCAGGCUGCGGGCGCCGGCAUGGAGGCGCUGAUCCAGCAGCAGCUGAAAGCCAAUGAGAAGGAGAAAUACAGCAGGUUCACAGGAGACCUGGAGAGGAUCGUCAACCUGCUGCUGUCUCUGUGCAGCCGCCUGACCCGGGUGGACAAGUCUCUGCUUUCCCUGGACAGAGACGGAGGUUUGACUGAAGACGCUGCUGAGGAGAGGGACUCCCUUCAUCACAAGCGUUCGCUGCUCCUGCGUCAAACCGAAGACGCGCGGGACCUGAAGGAGAACCUGGACCGGCGGCAGCGCGUCGUCACCGCCAUCCUGACCGGCUACCUCACCGAAGAACAACUCCACGACUACCGCCGCUUCGUCAGCGCCAAACCGCUCCUGAUUCGCCAGCGCCAGCUCGAUGACCUCAUCCGGCAGCGGGAGGAGCAGCUGGCGCGACUCGCCGAGAGCCUGCCGCCAAGCCUGCCGCUAAGCCCCGCCCACUCCAUCAGGUCCACCGCUGUGACAUCACUGUGAUGUAACAAGAUAGAUCCACACGUCCAUAUCUAGUUUUUUAUCCGACUGUCCUUAAACAACCCAAAUGGUGCUUUCAGGGACCUGAACAGGUCCGUUCGUUCUUAGGACCGACAAAACAAGGUCCAAAGACAGAACAGAGUCGUCUGCAAAGAAUCGAACCUUCAGCCACGUUUUCCAGCAAAGGCGUCCGUAAAACCGCGCUCUGCUCCCGCACAGGUAAGCCAGCCUCCAGGAAAACGGACCGCCCCGAAACCCGAAGGACUCACAUGUUUCACCUUAACGCACAUUGAGGAGCGUCUGACAUCAGCACCGUAACGCCGCCGCCGCUCUUUCUGAACGCAGCUCAUUGCACUUUGUAGCAGUCGGACCACUGUUUCCAGUUCCCAACGGCUUCAUGGCUGAACGCUCGCAAACCGGCCGGAAAACCCGCCGGAAAACCGGCCGGAAAACCGGGAAGAGACAAAACUCCCAGCUUUUUAACCUUCACCGUCUCACACUGGCAUGUUUUAAAUGUUUUAUCAUCACCUGUAAGCAAAUUCUGGUCCGUUCUGAAGUAAAUAAAACAAGAGGAAUUAUAAAAUGGUUCCCAAAGAUAUUUAAUUUUAUACAACAGGAAACCUGGACACAGAAGUUCCUUCACCUCCAAGAGGAUUUUUUCCACAAUCUGGAAAAUCUCAGAAAACCAGCAGG